AGUGAAGAAUGGCCAGUAUCAGCUGUUGUCUUCGGCUGUUAUGGUGGAGGACUGCUCAUCAUGGUAGUCAUAGCCCAGGUGUUCACUGCACACUUCGAGAGCAUCUCCAGUGUACUGGGAGGGGCGUACUGGUUAACUACAGCUGGCACUGUAGUUACUCUGGGUGUGAUACACCUCCCACCCACUCCCACCCACCUCACCACGCCCACCUUCCUGCUCAUCCUCACCACCCACACUGCCGUGCCCUUGCCACGCCCACACGCCCGUGCCUUGGCAGGGAUCACCUCCCUGCUGCCCCUGGUGCCAGCAGCUGCCUGGCCAGCUGAGUCAUGGACGCCCACACAGAUCGUGGGGUACAUAGUGAUGAUGGCAGCUGCCCAUACCCUGGGUAUGUGGCUCGACUGGGAAGCUGCCCAGUCUCACAAACACGCCCGCAGCUCUACCAGGGAGGUCAUAGAGGCUAGAGUCAAGCUAGAGUGUGAGAGGGAGCAACAGGAACAGCUGCUGCUCUCAGUGAUACCUGCUUACAUUGCUGCUGAGGUGAAGCGACACAACAUGCUGAGGGUGGCUGGGGAGUGUACUACUGAACUGCCUCCCAACUCUCACCCCAAGAAGCAGUUCUACGAUCUCUACGUCCAGAGGCACACCAAUGUUAGCAUCUUGUACGCAGAUAUCGUCAACUUUACACUACUCUCAGAGCAGUUGACUGCCUGUGACCUGGUUAUGACCCUCAACGACCUCUUCGGACGCUUUGACCAGAUAGCCAAGGUUAGUAGGUCACUCAUGUGUGUAAUUACCUGGGUGUAA